CCACAGUACACAAGCGUAAUGGCGGAAUUGCACUGUUUUGGACAAAUCUUAUGUGCUUAUGGAUUUCCAGAAAAAGAUUUGUUUUGUAAAUGGGGUCUCAAAGCUGGUAUGAAUUUCUGCUGUCUAACACUUUGCAAGGUUGUGCAUGGAGGUUACUUGAAGGUGUAGCCGAAGGAGAGACCCAAGUUGAUUGCCCAUUGGUUGGUGAAAAAGCAUACUUUUGCCAUCCAAUAGAUCUUCAUUUCGCAACCAAAGGAUUACAGGGUUGGCCAAAGCUUCAUUUUGAGGUGUGGCAUCACAGUUGGGUUGGUAAUAACGAGCUAUAUGGUUACGGUUUCUGUCACAUUCCAACAUCUCCUGGAAAUCAUCAGGUUACAGUCGCUACAUGGAGACCAGUAGGUUCUGUUAUGGACACUUUAAUAUCAAGGCUGGUUGGAGGUGGUCCACGUCUUCGCAGACCGGACAUUGUUUAUGACCCAACAGACAGAUUCUUACUUCAGACAGAGAGCAUGGGCUACUUAACACUCGACUUAAAUGUUAUUACGAGGAAUUUUGAUAAGUUUGGCGUGGAAAUGUAAAUUAAUUUUGAUCCCUUUGACAAUUUUCAUAACAAAAUAUUACUUACAUCAUACCAACUUCGACCAUAUUCAUUUUGAUGUUUCACUAAAAUCGUUGUAUGAAUGAGUCUC